AUGUGUACGGCGGAUGCGGCUGCAGUCGAAGCCACUGGUCUGCAGGAAUUGACAAAGCUGAACCUGACCGAAGCGAAACUUAUAUCGGAUAAUACCACUGUCAAGUGCAUGGUGACCCCUGACCUCUGCGGCUGGCAGCUACACUUGUACGAGGGUCAUGCCUUCAGCGUUCCCCUCCCGCAGGCAGCUGCGCCCCAAGCCACCACCCAAGCACCCUCGAUGCCUGCUCCAGAAGUCUUCGAACUGAGCCCCCAGGACAGCGGAUCGAGGAUAUAUAUUGUGGCCGAAGUGAAACCGAAGUCGGAACGGAGAAGGAGAAGGAAACUGCGACGUCGGACUUCCUUUAAUUACUUUUCUAAACAGAAAUAUGCCUUGCUGGUAUUUCAAUAA